UUCCGUUGGGGAAGAUGGCGGCGGCCGGGAGCACCCUUCUCUUUUUGCCGCCAGGGACUUCAGACUGAACCUUCCUGGGAAGAGUGGGGAGUACUGGUGCCCUGCGUCCUGGAAGCCCGAACUAACUUGAUUCCCCCGUUAGUGGUGGGGGACGGCUUAUCCUCUUGUGUAGGACUCAGGCCUUCCCCACUGUCAGUAUGAAGGCUCAGGGGGAAACCGAGGAGUCGGAAAAGCUGAGUAAGAUGAGUUCUCUGUUGGAACGCCUCCAUGCAAAAUUUAACCAAAAUAGACCUUGGAGUGAAACCAUUAAGCUUGUGCGUCAAGUCAUGGAGAAGAGGGUUGUGAUGAGUUCUGGGGGGCAUCAACAUUUGGUCAGCUGUUUGGAGACAUUGCAGAAAGCUCUCAAAGUAACAUCUUUACCAGCAAUGACUGACCGUUUGGAAUCUAUAGCAAGACAGAAUGGACUGGGCUCUCAUCUCAGUGCCAGUGGCACUGAAUGUUACAUCACGUCAGAUAUGUUCUAUGUGGAAGUGCAGUUAGAUCCUGCAGGACAGCUUUGUGAUGUAAAAGUGGCUCACCAUGGGGAGAAUCCUGUGAGCUGUCCAGAGCUUGUACAGCAGCUAAGGGAAAAAAAUUUUGAUGAAUUUUCUAAGCACCUUAAGGGUCUUGUUAAUCUUUAUAACCUUCCAGGAGACAACAAACUGAAGACUAAAAUGUACUUGGCUCUCCAGUCCUUGGAACAGGAUCUAUCUAAAAUGGCAGUCAUGUAUUGGAAAGCAACCAACGCUGGUCCCUUAGAUAAGAUUCUUCAUGGAAGUGUUGGCUAUCUCACUCCAAGAAGUGGGGGUCAUUUAAUGAACUUGAAGUACUAUGCCUCUCCUUCUGACCUACUGGAUGAUAAGACUACAUCUCCCAUCGUUUUGCAUGAGAAUAAUGUUCCUCGAUCUUUGGGCAUGAAUGCAUCAGUGACAAUUGAAGGAACAUCUGCUAUGUAUAAACUCCCAAUUGCACCAUUAAUUAUGGGGUCACAUCCAGUUGAUAACAAAUGGACCCCCUCCUUCUCCUCAAUCACCAGUGCCAACAGUGUUGAUCUUCCUGCCUGUUUCUUCUUGAAAUUUCCCCAGCCAAUACCAGUAUCUAGAGCAUUUGUUCAGAAACUUCAGAACUGCACAGGAAUUCCAUUGUUUGAAACUCAACCAACCUAUGUGCCCCUUUAUGAACUGAUCACUCAGUUUGAGCUGUCAAAGGACCCUGAUCCUGUACCUUUGAAUCACAACAUGCGAUUUUAUGCUGCUCUUCCAGGUCAGCAGCACUGUUACUUUCUCAACAAGGAUGCUCCUCUUCCAGAUGGCAGGAGUCUACAGGGAACCCUUGUUAGCAAAAUCACCUUUCAGCACCCUGGCCGAGUUCCUCUUAUCCUAAAUCUUAUCAGACACCAAGUAGCCUAUAAUACCCUAAUUGGAAGCUGUGUCAAAAGAACUAUUCUGAAAGAAGAUUCUCCUGGGCUCCUCCAGUUUGAAGUGUGUCCCCUUUCGGAGUCCCGGUUCAGCGUAUCUUUUCAGCAUCCUGUGAAUGACUCCCUGGUGUGUGUGGUAAUGGACGUGCAGGACUCAACACAUGUGAGCUGUAAACUCUACAAGGGGCUGUCAGAUGCACUCAUCUGCACAGAUGACUUCAUUGCCAAAGUUGUUCAAAGAUGUAUGUCCAUCCCUGUGACGAUGAGGGCUAUUCGGAGGAAGGCUGAAACCAUUCAGGCCGACACCCCAGCACUGUCCCUCAUUGCAGAGACAGUUGAAGACAUGGUGAAAAAGAACCUGCCCCCGGCUAGCAGCCCAGGGUAUGGCAUGACCACAGGCAACAACCCAAUGAGUGGUACCACUACACCAACCAACACCUUUCCGGGGGGUCCCAUUACCACCUUGUUUAAUAUGAGCAUGAGCAUCAAAGAUCGGCAUGAGUCGGUGGGCCAUGGGGAGGACUUCAGCAAGGUGUCUCAGAACCCAAUUCUUACCAGUUUGUUGCAAAUCACAGGGAACGGGGGGUCUACCAUUGGCUCGAGUCCGACCCCUCCUCAUCACACGCCGCCACCUGUCUCUUCGAUGGCCGGCAACACCAAGAACCACCCGAUGCUCAUGAACCUUCUUAAAGAUAAUCCUGCCCAGGAUUUCUCAACCCUUUAUGGAUGCAGUCCUUUAGAAAGGCAGAACUCCUCUUCCGGCUCACCCCGGAUGGAAAUGUGCUCGGGAAGCAACAAGACGAAGAAGAAGAAGUCAUCAAGAUUACUGCCUGACAAACCCAAGCACCAGACUGAAGAUGACUUUCAGAGGGAGCUAUUUUCAAUGGAUGUUGACUCACAGAACCCUAUCUUUGAUGUCAACAUGACAGCCGACACACUGGAUACACCACACAUCACUCCAGCUCCAAGCCAGUGUAGCACUCCCCCGACAACUUACCCGCAACCAGUACCUCACCCCCAGCCCAGUAUUCAAAGGAUGGUCCGACUAUCCAGUUCAGACAGCAUUGGCCCAGAUGUAACUGAUAUCCUUUCAGACAUUGCAGAAGAAGCCUCUAAGCUUCCCAGCACUAGUGAUGAUUGCCCACCCAUUGGCACCCCUGUUCGAGAUUCUUCAAGCUCUGGGCAUUCUCAGAGUGCCCUCUUUGACCCUGAUGUCUUUCAAACCAAUAAUAAUGAAAAUCCAUACACUGAUCCAGCUGACCUUAUUGCAGAUGCUGCUGGAAGCCCCAGUAGUGACUCUCCUACCAAUCAUUUUUUUUCUGAUGGAGUAGAUUUCAAUCCUGAUCUGUUGAACAGCCAGAGCCAAGGUGGUUUUGGAGACGAAUACUUUGAUGAAAGCAGCCAAAGUGGAGAUAAUGAUGAUUUUAAAGGAUUUGCAUCUCAAACACUAAGUACUUUGGGGGUGCCAAUGCUUGGAGGUGAUAAUGGGGAGACUAAGUUUAAAGGCAACAGCCAAGCUGACACGGUUGAUUUCAGUAUUAUAGCAGUGGCUGGUAAGGCCUUGGGUUCUGCAGAUCUCUUAGAGCAUCACAGUGGUAGCCAGAGUCCUUUAUUGACCACUGGGGACUUAGGGAAAGACAAGACUCAAAAGAGAGUAAAGGAAGGCAAUGGCACCAGUAGUAGUAGUCUGUCGGGGCCAGGAUUAGAUAGCAAACCAGGGAAGCGCAGUCGGACCCCUUCUAAUGAUGGCAAAAGCAAAGAUAAGCCUCCAAAACGGAAGAAGGCAGACACUGAGGGAAAGUCCCCGUCUCACAGUUCUUCUAAUCGACCUUUCACCCCACCUACCAGUACAGGUGGAUCCAAAUCUCCAGGCAGUUCAGGAAGGUCUCAGACUCCCCCAGGGGUUGCCACACCACCCAUUCCCAAGAUCACCAUUCAGAUUCCUAAGGGAACUGUGAUGGUGGGCAAGCCCUCUUCUCACAGUCAGUAUGCCAGCAGUGGUUCUGUGUCUUCCUCAGGCAGCAAAGGCCACCAUAGCCAUUCUUCCUCCUCUUCCUCAUCAUCUGCUUCCAACUCAGGCAAGAUGAAAAGCAGUAAAUCAGAGGGUUCAUCAAGUUCAAAGUUAAGUAGCAGUAUAUAUUCUAGCCAAGGGUCUUCUGGGUCUAGCCAGUCCAAAAAUUCAUCCCAGUCCGGGGGGAAGCCAGGCUCCUCUCCCAUUACUAAGCAUGGACUGAGCAGUGGCUCCAGCAGCACCAAGAUGAAACUUCAAGGAAAGCCAUCAUCACUUAUGAAUCCUUUAAGUAAACCAAACAUAUCCCCUUCUCAUUCCAGGCCACCUGGAGGCUCUGAUAAGCUUGCUUCUCCAAUGAAGCCUGUUCCGGGGACUCCCCCAUCCUCUAAAGCCAAGUCCCCUAUCAGUUCAGGUUCUGGUGGUUCUCAUAUGUCUGGAACUGGUUCAAGCACUGGCAUGAAGUCAUCUUCAGGGUUAGGAUCCUCAGGCUCAUUGAAAACUCCCCCAUCAUCUAAUUCUUGUACAGCAUCAUCAUCUUCCUUUUCCUCAAGUGGCUCUUCCAUGUCAUCCUCUCAGAACCAGCAUGGGAGUUCCAAAGGGAAAUCUCCCAGCAGAAAUAAAAAGCCAUCCUUAACAGCUGUCAUAGAUAAACUGAAACAUGGGGUUGUCACCAGUGGCCCUGGAGGUGAAGAUCCAAUGGAUGGCCAGAUGGGGGUGAGCACAAAUUCUUCUAGCCAUCCUAUGUCCUCCAAACAUAACAUGUCAGGAGGAGAGUUCCAGGGCAAGCGAGAGAAAAGUGAUAAAGACAAAUCAAAGGUUUCCUCCUCGGGGGGCUCAGUGGAUUCAUCUAAGAAGACUUCAGAGUCAAAAAAUGUAGGGAGCACGGGUGUGGCAAAAAUUAUCAUCAGCAAGCAUGAUGGGGGAUCCCCCAGCAUUAAAGCCAAAGUGACUUUGCAGAAACCUGGGGAAAGUAGUGGAGAAGGGCUUAGGCCUCAGAUGGCCUCUUCCAAAAACUAUGGUUCUCCACUCAUCAGUGGUUCCACUCCAAAGCAUGAGCGUGGUUCCCCCAGCCAUAGUAAGUCACCAGCAUAUACUCCCCAGAAUCUGGACAGUGAAAGUGAGUCAGGCUCCUCCAUAGCAGAGAAAUCUUAUCAGAACAGUCCCAGCUCAGAUGAUGGCAUCCGACCACUUCCAGAAUAUAGCACAGAGAAGCAUAAGAAGCACAAAAAAGAAAAGAAGAAAGUAAAAGACAAAGAUCGGGAUCGGGACAAAGACCGAGAUAAGAAAAAAUCUCAUAGCAUGAAGCCAGAGAGUUGGUCUAAAUCACCCAUCUCUUCAGACCAGUCCUUGUCUAUGACAAGUAACACAAUCUUAUCUACAGACAGGCCCUCAAGGCUCAGCCCUGACUUUAUGAUUGGGGAGGAAGAUGAUGAUCUUAUGGAUGUGGCCCUGAUUGGCAAUUAGGAACCUUAGUUUUUAAGACAAAAAACAUGGCCAGAGAAAAACUAAAGUUUAUAGGCAAACCAUCACACGGGGUGAGCCGGAAAAGUCUGAUUUUGUGUUUAAGAAUGUCUUUGACACUAGGCUGGGUGAAUUAGAAAGACAUAGCCAGACCCUACUAGAGAGAUCAUAGGUUUGAUUACUAAGAAUCACUGUUCCUUUGCCAGAAAAAAAGAGUUAAAAUAUUUGCUUAUGAAAGGGAGGGGGUGGGAGGGACAUAGGGAAAGGGAAGGGUGGGAAACCGUUUUGUGGGAAAUAAUCAUAUAUAUUUUUUUCUCCCCUUUCCAUUUUUAGGCCAUGUUUUAAACUCAAUUUUAGUGCAUGUAUGUGAAGGGCUGGGCAGAAAAUGAAAAAGCAAUACAUUCCUUGAUGCAUUUGCAUGAA